AUGUCGCGUGAGACGAUGGCUUUAUCUGGUGGUGAUGUGAUCGGCAACACUCCACUUUUAAAAUUGAAUAAGGUUACCGAAGGAUUAGAAGCAACAAUUGCUGUAAAACUCGAGUACAUGAAUCCGGCCGGAUCGGUAAAGGACCGCAUCGCCUUCAAUAUGAUUGAAACUGCUGAGAAAGAGGGAAAAAUAACUCCCGGAAAAACGGUACUGAUCGAGCCGACCAGCGGGAAUAUGGGCAUAGCGUUGGCAUAUUGUGCUGCCCUGAAAGGCUACAAGUUAAUUUUGACGAUGCCGUCAUCGAUGAGUGUUGAACGGCGAGCACUUCUGAAGGCUUACGGUGCAGAGGUUGUGCUCACCGAUCCUGCAAUCGCUGUGAAGGGAGCCAUCGAGCGGGCAAAGGAAUUGGCGGCGCUGAUACCGAAUUCACAUAUUUUGAAUCAGUUUGCUAAUCCUGCUAAUCCUGAAGCCCACUACCGUACGACCGGACCUGAGAUUUGGAAGCAGACAGAUGGGAAGGUCGACCUCGUUUGCUUCGGUGUGGGCUCGGGAGGGACCUGCACCGGUGUGGGACGGUAUCUCAAGGAGCAGAACCCAAAUAUUCAGGUGCAUCCAGUCGAACCAUUCGAAUCAUCUGUUAUCAAUGGGCUACCGCAUAGUCCGCAUAAGAUACAAGGCAUGGGUAUUGGUAUGAUCCCAGAAGUGCUCGAUCGUUCUCUGUUCACCGAGGCUCUUCGUGUCCAUUCCGAUGAUGCUAUUGCCAUGGCGAAGAGGCUAGCCAAGGAAGAGGCGAUCCUUGGUGGAAUAUCGUCCGGCGCAAAUGUUUGUGCUGCAAUGCAGCUCGCAAAACGUCCGGAAAAUAAAGGGAAAUUAAUCGUUACCACCGUGAAUAGUUAUGGAGAACGUUAUCUAUCCACAGCGUUGUACGCUGAUAUACGUGAAAAAGCUGCUGCGAUGGACCAAAUGUCACUUGAGGAAUCCAUAGCGGCAGUGAAAGUGUUCCUUGGGAAUUAA